ACGUUACUUUCCCGACUUCGCUUUCAAACAGUUUUAGUUUUCUUUAAAACACAGAAUCAUGAAAAAUGUCAGUUGGGUUUUGGUGAAUAUGCUAGUAAUUUCAGCUGCUCUUAAUUUAAACAAUUCAUCAACUGAUAAACAAAUGUCCAAUCGCCAUCCAAAGUUUUAUGGUCCAUUGUUGGGUGCAUUUCUAGCGAACCUCCUAGCUCUUCCAAUCACAGCAAGAUUCACACCAACUGGUUCCCUGAAAUUAGCCUACAAUCAACCACCGAAUUAUUGGAAUCGAUAUGAAAACUACUACAGUCACGAAGACUUCAAACCCAGUAACUGGCAACCCAGUUCUUAUGAUAACUCGCAGUACUACCCAGUUCUGACAACAUCUGCCCCUCAGAUACACCAUCACCAUCACCACCUAGACAAACCCUUAGCAAGUCAGCAACAAAUCGUAAAUAUACACGAUCCCUCAAAUGAAGUAGUGAUAGAAGACUCUUAUCCGGAAGUACCAGUGCAGUCAACAAUACCACCAACCUCGUUCCCUGAUCUGCAAGAGCCAAUCCCUGCUGAAUCUAGUUUAAGUGUUAGAAGACAAAAAGUGCCUAAGGAGUUCAGACAAAAUAGCAAAAGAAGAACUACCACAACUUACAGACCGAAACAGAAAAGAGGAACCCAAAGAUACUAUCCCAAUAAGAAGAAAUACAACAACAACAAAAGAAGGAAGACCACCACAACCGAAGACUAUUACGAAAGUUACGAGGAGUACACCACGCAAAAGCCCAAAAGAAAAUCACAGCCGAAACGCCCUGUAAGUUCGUACGAAGACAGUGCCAGUGAAUACGACUAUGAUUAUGAGGAAUCGUACGAGUAUACCACCAGAAGGCCGUACAAAAAGAGGAGGCGCACCACAACGAGGAGGAACAGAUACAAGAACAAGAACAAGAAGAGGCAAGAACUGGAUGACUACGACGAGUACGACUACGGUUUUAAUUACAGAAACCCCUUCGACAACAUUAAUAUAAGGCCUAGGCAAGAAACUACCACGGAAACUACAACUACGACCACAGCUGCGUCUAGCUCAAGUAGUUCGACUACUACUCAAACUACUCACAUUAUGAACGGUACUACUGUUGCUCCAAACAAUGCAACAAGCAACACCACAGGGUAUGGUUACGGUCCAUCGAAUGGAAAUGAAGGAAUUAGUAUAACUUAUGGUCCCCCAACUGGUCAAAAUGGAGCAGCGUAUGGUCCUCCACGACCUUCGUACGGUCCACCAAAUUAUCCGCAGUACCACGCCCAUUACAGUGAUUGGUAUGAAAGUGAGGCUACUAGAAAUGACAUUGUCCAAAAGGUGCAUGACCUGAUUGGAGUUCAUCACAUUUUUUAA